AUGACUGCAAUGUUUCUUAACAUUAUAGCACAUCAUGUUAAGAAUAGGAUAAUUAAAUUUGAUUUCGUCCGAUCUGGAGAAACAGUUAGCCGACAUUUCCAUGCUGUGUUGAAGUCAGUCAUUCUUUGCCACGGUGUUCUAUUGAAAAAACCAGAACCUGUACCCGAAAACUCAAUUGACUUUAGGUGGAAGUGGUUUAAGUGUUGUCUAGGAGCGUUGGAUGGCACACACAUCCGUAUAAAUGUGCCUAAAGUUGAUCGUCCAAGAUAUAGAUCAAGAAAGUCUGAAAUAACAACUAACAUACUCGGUGUUUAUGAUCAAGAUAUGCAAUUUACAUAUGUAUUAUCUGGUUGGGAAGGUUCAGCUCAUGAUGGUCGAGUUCUUAGGAAUGCCAUAACGAAGCCUAAUGGGUUGAGAGUUCCUAAUGGUUUCUACUAUUUAGUGGACGCUGGAUAUGCAAAUUGUCCUGGUUUUCUUGCUCCAUUUCGAGGGCAACGUUAUCACUUAAGUGUCUGGGCUGAUGGACAUCAACCACGCACACCUCAAGAAUUUUUCAAAUAUGAAACAUGCAAGUGCGAGAAAUGUGAUCGAGAGGGCAUUUGGGAGAUGGCAGAAGACCUCGCCGAAGAUGAAAUUGAUAAUUUGAACUUGGAGGAACAAGAAGAAGAUGAUAUGGAAAAUAUCACAGCUGUUGUACCAACUGAUGAAUAG